CUCCAUCUCAAAUUGUCAUUCGACCAAACGGCAAUAUGGCGGUGACUUUGGUGAAACUGGCUGGAAAGUUAACCAUUGGCGGAUUUGCAUUGUAUGGAUUGUCAGAAGUGUUAAGUUCACAAGACAACACAAUAAAACAGCUAUCGAUGCUUGACAGUAAAACUCGUGAAAAUAUUCCCGUUACUUUACCUGAGCUUCCAACUACCACAAAAGUAAGACAUUCUUGGAAUACAGGAGUGCAGAGAGUUUUUGGGGGACUGGAGCAAGCACCAGAGGCAGCAUGGGUGUUGGGCAAAAAGGGAAUUUCUAGUGCAAAAGAUUUCAUUAACAAACGAAUGAAAUAAGGGUUGAAUAUCUGCUCUUUGUUGUCACAAGUUAUGAUGCUCACAAGAAAUGAAGCAUAGUGGUCAACCCAAAAGACCUUGGAGAUGUUGACUUGACGUUUUCUAUGUCCAACUAAAACUACAAAAUUCUUUCACUUUAAUUGAUUUAUUUAAUUAAAGUUUGUGUAGUAUGUCCCAUGCAAACUUCUGUAGUAGCUUGUGUAAACUGUCUUGUUGUGUGAUUCUCCUUUGACCGAAGGUGAGGUUUGAUUCUUUCACUAUUAAAAGACUCAAGUGCAGUGUACUCCA